AUGAUGAAAAGUGACAUUGCAUGAACACUUUUGGUGGUGCUUCUCAGUUCAUCGCGGCCGUGCUGGUUUCGGGUUGAGAAAACGAUAGUCGAUUUGCCAUAAAACAAUAGCUUAAACAAUGGCGUCUCUGGCAGGCAAGGGUUCUUCUUUGGUAUCGAGUUUGCUGACGCAAGCCCGCCCGAAGUUCAAUGUCUUCAUGAAGUAUGCCAAAGUUGAGCUGACCCCACCAACCCCUGGCGACAUUCCCGCCAUCCGUGAUGGACUCGCCCGAAUCAUCUCCGGAGCCCGUACCGGUGCCUGGAAGAAUCUGACCGUCAAGGAAGCCUGGUUGAACACCUUGGUCACGGCUGAGGUUUGCUUCUGGUUCUACGUUGGCGAAUGCAUCGGCAAACGUCACCUGGUUGGAUAUGAUGUUUAGAUUUAAGGCAUUGGAAUUCUUUUUGAAAUGUAGUGUCCAGGAGGUGAUAUAACGUUGGAAGGAGAUGAAAUAAAUCGAUAAUUGGUAAUACAUAAUGAUUACUACAAAUAA